AUGCAAGUGCCGGUUCUCCGCUGCACUUUCCUCACGCUGUCAGAUCGUGAGGAAAGUACUGCCGAGAACCGGCAGUUGUCAGAGCGGGGAUCGGCACCGAUCAUCAGGGCACUGAUGAUCAGUGCCCUGAUGAUCGGUGCCCAGCAAUGCCACCCGCAAGUUCCGCCCACCUGUGCCCAGCAAUCACCCACCUGUGCCCAGCAGUGCACCCACCUGUGCCCAGCAGUGCACCCACCUGUGCCACUCUGCAGUGUCACACACCUGUGCCCAGAAGUGCCACCUACCUGUGCCCAGCAGUGCCACCCACCUGUGCCCACCCACCUGUGCCCACCCACCAGU